UCUGGAAAAACAAAAAAGAUUCGGCAAGUCUGACAAAAUGACUUUUCAAUCGCAGAAAAACGAGACAGACAAAGUCGUGGAAGAAGAGGAGCUAUUUUCGGGCUAUAGUUCCACAAAUUUGAUAGAAAUUAGCGACUCAGAAGAGUCUAUAGAUGGUUUCAGCGAUCGCUCUUUGGGUGCUCCAACUGUUCGAUUUGUGGGCGCCCAAAAGCCGUUCGAAGAGCAACCAGAACCCACUGCCGAUGAAGACGAAUACUCAGACUCGGAGUCUCAACACACAUUUGUGGGUCAUGAUGAAUAUAAUGAUGAUGCUGAUGACAGCGACACCGAUGACAUUUUGGAAUUUUGUCACCAGUUGGAGGAAGAAGAGGCGAGGGAUGCGUUGGGUGGACUAACCAUCAAUGAUGAUGACUUGGAAUCCAUAAUGAACUGCUACAAGAAUACACCAAGACCUGAUGGCGAGGAGGCUGAUUCACGCAGUGAGAGUUCCUACGACAGCGAGAUGGGUGAUUACCUGAAGCCCACUGUUAUUCCUGGAAAGAAAUCCAUGGGCAAGGACAACUCCGACGUUCAUGGCGAUGCCGACAGCCUGGACUCGUUCAACAGUUGCAGCGUGGGAUCGGCUAGUGGCAGAAACUACAUACGCAGCAAUGCCACGCAGCAGGACUGGAAGUUUCUCGAGGCCAGCUCCGAUCGAGAGCAGCAGAUUAGCAGACGAACCUACAACAUAGAGACUUCCUCGCAGUCCACUUGCAGCUGGAGUCAGGCGUAUGGCGCUGCCUUUCAGGCCUCUGAGGGGAGCAGCAACUAUUUGCCGCCGCUUAAUUUGAACAGCCGCAGCUCGGAGAGCUCUGCCACCUACUACAAGAGUCUCGAGGAGAAGAAGGAGCGCGAUGGCCUCAAGUAUGAGGAAUGGAAAAAGCGCAAAGAUGACCAAGAGAGGAAGAAGCUGGCGGCCGCCAAGCGUCAACAUGAAAAGGAGCAACGAGAGAUGGAAAAGCGUGCCGAGGACUCCAAGAAACACUACGAAGCGUGGUUCCAACGCAAGCAGGAACAAAAGCUGUUGGAUAAUAAAAAGAAGCUACCAGUUCUCAAGACGAACUCCAACCGCAACAAGGAGACGCCCGAGGAGGUCAAAGAGCGGGUCAAGGAAUGGGAGCGCCGCAAGAUCGAGGGGCAAAAGCAAGAGCGCGAGCGACUCCGACGCCAGCGGGAGCUAUUCGAAGAGAAAGAGAAGAAACGCCUGCAGUUGUCCGAAGCCGCCUACUCCAAAUGGAUGGAGGAUAUAGAUUCGCGUCCCAUACCUGUACCUCUUAACCAGGGCUUCGACUCACUCCGUGGCACAGUAUCAAAAAUUUAUGUCAAUCCGAAUCAGUGGGACUCGAGCAUCGAUCCUUCGCCAGAUCAGGACGAUCGUUUUGUCUAGGUCGGAAAUAUUUUUCAAACAACUA